AUGGAGUUGGUGGUUGUGGUAGUGGUGGUGGUGGUGGGGAUGGCAAUUGUGGAGGUGGUGGUGGUGGUGGUUUUGGAGGAGGUGGUUGUGGUGGUAGUAGUGGUGGUGGUGGUGGAGGUGGAGGAGGUGGUGGUGGAGAUGGAGGUGGAGGUGGAGGAGGUGGUGGAGGAGGUGGUGGUUGUGGUGGUGGUGGCGGAGGAUGAGGAGGAGAAGGAUGUGGUGGUGAUGGUGGUGGAGGUAGUGAAUGUGGUGGUGCAAGUGGUGGAGUUGGAUGUGGAAGUGAAGGUGGUGCAAGUGGUGAAGUUGGAUGUGGAAGGUGAUGCUUUGAAAAGCAACCCAGAGCCUGCUGUCACCCACCAUGCUGCCACCUCCACCACCAUGCUGUCACUACCACCACCUCCACAAGCGCCAUCCCUACCACCACCACCUUCACUCCAUCACUACCACUACUACCACAUGAUUAGUACAUAA